AAUGGGAAGGCGCUGCCUAGUAUCAGCAAAGUGUUGGUAGAGGCAGUUCGGGUGUGGUACAUUGCAUUCCCAUUCUCCAACCGGGAUCGCUGGGGGCUUUUUUCCGUCGCUGGAGUUUUAGGCGAGAGGUGAACAUGUCUGGUCGCGGCAAGCAGGGCGGCAAAGUGCGGGCGAAGGCCAAGUCCCGGUCGUCGCGCGCGGGCCUGCAGUUCCCAGUGGGCCGAGUGCACAGACUGCUGCGCAAAGGGAAUUACGCGGAGCGAGUCGGCGCUGGGGCGCCGGUGUACCUGGCCGCGGUGUUGGAGUACCUGACGGCGGAGAUCCUGGAGUUGGCUGGCAACGCUGCUCGUGACAACAAGAAGACCAGGAUAAUCCCUCGCCACCUGCAACUGGCCAUCCGCAACGACGAGGAGCUAAACAAGCUGCUGGGGAAAGUGACCAUCGCUCAGGGCGGCGUCCUGCCCAACAUCCAGGCCGUGCUGCUGCCCAAGAAGACGGAGAGUCAGAAGGCGAAGAGCAAGUGACCCUGACGCCGCCACGGGGGAGCUGGCUUCCCCAGCAAAGGCUCUUUUCGUAGCCAUCCCAGAAUGUUUUUGCAUAUGCUCUUGUCACCGAGGGCCGGCUAGAUCUAGCGGGGAGGUGGGCGGCGAGGGCCCCGCCAGGGUCGGAGGCCAAUAAAGUCGGUGAAAAUCGUG